AUGCUCGGGUAUGAAACGAUGUCUCGUGAUCCUGCAGUCACCAGUAUUCACGCUCAUCUAGAAGGGGAAAACAACGUCAUGUACCCAUCCAAUGCUACCGACGAAGUACGUCGUCAGUGCGCAGAAGACGCUGUGUCCGACCUCAUGAGAUACUUCAAACGCCCGCUCGACGACCUCUUCGAUAACCUAACCCUGCUUGACUACUACGAGUUGUACACCGUCACUAAAAAGAAAAAAGACGAUCCUAUGCCGACUUCCGCCGCACCAGGCGACCUGUAUUACCUCCGACUCCUCCUGCACAAAAACUGUGGUAGAUCGUACGUCGAUUUGCGGACAGUUACUCCUCCGUCUGGUGCCCGCACCGUGCACGUCACAUUUCAAGAUGCCGCCAGAGCCCAAGGGCUAGUAACUGGCCAGGAAGAGUAUUUCAUAUGCAUGGAAGAAGCCAUCACUUUCGAGAUGCCCUCUCAACUACGCGGUCUUUUUGUUACUCUUAUUUUGGACGGUGGCCCCGCUCCUAAGUUGUGGAAUGACUACAAAGACCACCUUAUCGAGGACUUCACGCGCACACUAGACAAUACCGACGCUUGCCAAGAGGCAUUACGUGUCAUCGAUUUAAAGUUGCAGCACCACGGCAAGACGAACACACAACUCGGCCUCCCCGAACCAUCCCAUCGACAAACAGAAUACCAACGCAUGGUAGCUUCUUUUAACCCCUCCCAACAAACAGCUUACGCUGACAGAUUCGAGCCGGGUUUAACAUCGGAGCAAAGAGACGUCUACAACACCAUAAUUGACGCUGUUCGGAACAAACAACCGCAGCCAUUCAUGAUUGACGCCCCAGCUGGAACGGGC